AUGGCGGACGCAGAGGACUAUCUCCAAGACGGCUUCGACCCGCGCAGCGUCACCGUGCCGCGACUGCGCUCGAUCCUCGUCACGCACAACGUCGAGUAUCCGGCCACGGCCAAGAAGUCUCAGCUCGUCGAGCUCGUCGAGCAAUACAUUCUGCCGCAGGUCCCGAAGCUACGCGCCCAACGCGCUCGUGCGAAGCGAUCAAGCCAGGGCAUCGUCAAUGCGGGCAGCCCCGAAGACAAUGGCAGAUGGGAAGACUAUGGGUUGGAGCCUACGCCAACGGCUAAGCCGCGUCGAUCAGCGUCGCCUCGAAAGGCCUCGAGCAGGGUCAAGCGGGAAGAGGACGAACCAGCGCCGGCACCGGCCAAAACGAAGCGCUCGUCGCGAUCCGUCAGCCGGUCCGUGAGCCGCCAGCCAUCUCACUACGAUGAAGACGAGGCAGAUGCGCCGCAGUACGAGGCGCCUAAACCAACGCGCCGCUCUGGUUCUCGGAGGGCUGCGACGCCAAAAAUCAAGGAUGAGCCCGAGGAGGAGGAAGAGACGCCCAUUUCCUCUCACUAUGCGCCCACUCCGCAAUCGAGCACCCUUUACGCUGCCUCGUCUCCAUUCACCCAGAAAAACACUCCGUUCGCUACCGCCAACGCUACUCCAUACACCUCUACUCCCUACUUUAAUGCGCCCCAAAGUGCGGUCCCCCCAUCUGUUGCUACUGCCUAUGAGGAAGAAAGUGUCUUUAGCGACGACAACCCAUUCCAGAGGGGCUCUCCCGCAUUCAAGACGCCGAGCCGAAGACGAGUAGGCGACGAAAUCGCUAGAGGCGAAAAGCUUGCUCGACGGCGCCCUGAAGAGUUCAUUGAACCCCUUGCCAUUGAAAGACCAUCCGCUGUUGUGCGGUCACACGAACUGUCUGCUCGUAAGCCGAGACACCAGUCACCAGAUUUUUCAGUGGAUGCCGGCGAAGAAUUCACUCCCGACGCGCAGCUGGAGCUAGAGGAGGCUGCCAGGAGGGGAGAGGCCACCAUUGUGCCUAGGAGACACUCAAAACCCGCGCGCAAGACGAAUCUCAAGACGCCAUUCUUUGUGCUGUUCAUCUCUCUGCUCGGCGUCUAUCUGGCCUGGUACCGACAAGAAAAGCUUGCCGUUGGCUACUGUGGGCUGGGCCGGCCUGCGACACAAAUCAUCCCCGACGAUAUUCCUGUGCCGGACGCCAUCAUCCCAUUCGUGGAGCCUCAGUGCGAGCCAUGCCCUCCGCACGCCUACUGCUACGAGGACUUUUCUGUCCGCUGCCACAGCGACUUUGUCCUCAAGCCCCACCCUCUGUCCUUUGGUGGCCUUGUCCCACUGCCCCCGACUUGUGAGCCCGACGGAGAAAAGGCACGCCGAGUUCAGGCAGUUGCCGACAGGGCCAUUGAAGAGUUGAGGCAACGACGCGCCAAGUUUGAAUGCGGCGAAUUGGUCGAUGAGUCUGGCACAAAGGUCGACUCUCCUGCCAUCGCCGAGGAGGAGCUCAAGUCGACCGUGAGCAGGAAGCGCAACAAGCGACUGAACAGCGAUGAGUUUGAAGAUCUCUGGGUGGCAGCCAUUGGCGAAAUCACCACUCGCGAGGAAGUGAUUGUGGAGAUUGCAACAACCACAUCGCCCGGUUCCCCCGAUAUUUCAAUCCGCAAGCUAUCGUCCAGCUCUCUCGCUCGCCUUCCGAUCACCUGCGCGCUCAAGCGCUCCGUCCGCCUCGGACUGGCAAGAUAUCGACUCCCAAUUGGACUUUUAAUGUCCGUCGUGCUGGCAGUCUUCUACCUGCGGGCUCGGUACCGCCAGCACUUGGUGGAUUCGGCGCAGGUCCCGGCUCUCGUUGACCUCGUCCUGGAACGGCUGGCCAACCAGAAGGAGCUGGGCGCGGAGGACUUGGACGACGCCUGGCUGUUUCUGCCCAACUUGAGAGACGACGUGCUCCGCUCUGUCCAUAAAGUGGCCGAGCGCGAGAGGAUCUGGCAGAGGGUGAAGAAGGUCGUUGAGCUCAACAGCAACGUCCGCACUGGUCAGCGAGAGGGCCGGAGUGGCGAGGUUGGUCGAGCCUGGGAGUGGAUCGGCCCUAUCAAGGGUGAGGGAGCCCGGAGAAGGCGGAUGAGCGGUCGGUGGACGCGAGAUCCGGUUGCUGAUCCACCUGAAUCGAAGCCAGCUACAGCAGCAGAGGGCAAGAAGUGGACAGAGCCAAGGGUGAUUUACUAA